AUGGCGGACCCCGUAAGAAACAUCAUCAUUAAGCUUGGAAGCAAGGUACACCCUCCGGCGGCAGCCCUCAAACACAUUCAGACGCUUCUACAGUUGGCUAUGAAGAAGAAGCUCAAGCUUGAUCCUCUGCUUCGCGACGAGAUUCUGGUGACUGUUAUGACCAACUAUCCGGAGUUUUAUGCUGAAUGGUCGAUAGAUGAUUUAACUGAACUUCUUGUGUUGGUCGCCGAAGCCAGUGAUGACGUCUCUCCAGUGUUUAUUCCAGAACCCUCGGAUGGAAAUCGGGCCGGGGCAUUCCUUCAAUUUUUUGCUCAACGUGCCCUAGAAUCUGUUGAAGAAGCUCGACGACGAGAGGAGUCCCAAGCUCAACCUGUUGAUUCUUCUAUUCCAUCGUCUGUGUCAGUUUUGCCUGAAAAUCAAUCUGCUUUGGGUUCCAAGAAGUCCCCUAUGAAUGUUGAUCCUCUAUCUUUGCCUGUGACUAAUUUUACUGGUGAAAAAUCUGAUGCGUUGCAUGUGUCUGAUGAGAAAACAAAGUCCUCUGAUAAGCCAAAUCCACUGAGUCUGGUUGUUUAUGCUUCUGAGAAUAUUGCUCUGACUCCGUCUGAAACUGUUAAUGUCUCUAAAGAGUCUUGUCCUGCUGUUGAUCCUCCUGCCUUACCUGCAACUGUUAAAACUGUUGAUUUAUCAAGUCCCCACAAGUCUGAGAAAAUAGGUGGAGUCCCUGUUUACACUACAACAUCUUUAGGAGAAAGCCUGGAACAUGUGCGACAUUUUGCUGGCUUACCAUCUGCUUCGAUCCCUCAACCUUAUCGAGUGAUACACCCUUCAGAAUCCUCCAGUGAAGAUGAUAAGAUACUAGCUGAGGUGUAUGGAUCCCAAGCACCUUCUUCUGCUGUCCCUACUGUUGAGGCAACUGCUCAUCCUGAUUUCACGAAUUUCAGAAUUCGAGAGAUAUCAAAUAUUGUUGGGAGCUCAUCUGCAAAUGUUUCUGAUUCUAGCCACUCUGUAACUCCAGUCCAGUCCCCAUCCAGAGAAACAAGACGGACAAAAAGGAAGAAUGUUCCAACGAAGGUUGUUGUUGAAACCAGUGCUGAUAAUGUUGAUGCGGAUCAGCCUGUGAAGAAGAGAAAGUCGAGUGCGACUGCUAAGCCUGAAGGAGACCCACCUAUCCACCAAGUUUUCAAGACUCUACGUUCCUCUGUUAAGCAACAAGGAACUACUGCUGCUCAAGCUACUUCUGCACCAGCCCCCUCUGCUAGAAAAGGGAAACCUACCACAAGGUCAAGAGGUCGAAGUGUAACUCCGGAGGUUCCACCUAUUGAAGGAAUUGAUACUACUAUUUACAAACCUCAGUUUGUAUCCCCUGCUGCACAAACAAAAUGGGCCACUAUGGUCAGAAGGGAGCUGAUUGUUCAAAGAACUGUGGAUGAGAAUCAACUGAACUCCGUUUGCGACAUCCUGCCCUUGCUGAAUGAAGUUGGUCUUUUGAAAACUGUUACAGAUGUUUGCCCUUACUCCAAGCUGCUCACAUAUGAGUUCUAUUGCAAUCUCAGUGAUGAGAUUGACAGUCUCACAGGGCCACGACCGAUGCAAAUCUUCAUCAGAGGGAAGUGGUAUGAUUUUGGGCCAGAUGUGAUAAAUAAAUACUAUGGCUUGCCUACAGUGCAAGAAGAAGCUGUUACUGAAUGGGACGUGGUGGCCAAAACUCUUACCGGUGGACAUACUACAUCUUGGCCUACAGGAGAUAAGGACUAUUUGCUGAGCUCGCAUCUCACGUCUAGAUAUGUCAUCCUACAUCGCCUGGCUCUGCACAACUGGCUUCCAUCAGCUCAUUUCAACACAGUUGGCAAGCUUCUGGCAGGGUUCUUAUUUAGAAUUGGAACUAAGAUGCAGUGUGAUCUGGGCAAAUGGAUUUUUUAUCAUGGUCUUAAGCCUAUGCCCAGCGAAGUGAUCAGUCCGACGCUACUAUAUACUGUUGAUAAACGUCUUCUUUCUGGAGAUCAUAUUAAGGAUGUCGUUCCUGUGACUGCCCCAUCCAAUUCGGAACCUGAUGCUGUGAAUGAUGAGUCUCCUCAUGCUAAAGAUGUGAAGCUUUCCGAACAAUUGAAGGCGCGAGUUGCUGAUCUUGAGACGGUGCACGGUAUCAUUGCCAAGCAACUGACGGGUGCGCGCACUGAGCUAGCUACUGUUCUUCUCCGCAUGAGCAUGUCUGAUACUGUUGCUACUGCUGAGGAUCCCGUAAAGUCUGGCUGUGACUCUCCCUCAAAUGCUUGA